AUGAAUGCAAUAGUUUUAUCUACGUCAAAAGAUGCUAGUGCACUGCCUUACGACAAAUGGUGCGUUAGUGCACUGCCUUACGACAAAUGGUGCGUUAGUGCACUGCCUUACGACAAAUGGUGCGUUAGUGCACUGCCUUACGACAAAUGGUGCGUUAGUGCAUUGCCUUCGUCAAAUGCUGCGUUAGUGCACUGUCUUGCGUCAAACGAUGCGUCAGUACACUGCUUCAUGGCAAAAGAUGCGCCACCGAUUCACAUCAAAAAAAGUGCUGAUGCACUAGCCAGAAGCAAGGAAGCGGUAAAUUGGUUUCUUGAUUACACAAAUUUGACAGAUGUUAUCCGCGAACGGAAUGCAAGCAGUCCGUGGUCGUGGUACGGUUCGAUGUUCUAUGCCGGACAGCUGUAUACAACAAUCGGCUAUGGAUUACCGGUUGCAAAAACUCUUGCUGGCCAAAUUGCCAGUAUAUUUUAUAUUAUGUUCGGCAUUCCAAUUUUUUUAAUCAUCCUCAAACAUGUUGGUCGAUUACUGUCGCGAACUUUUCGUAAAUGUUAUAAACGGUCACGAAGUACCGGAAAAAAAGUUGUCGGCAAUGUGAAGAAGAUAAGCGCCUCAAUGAAGACAUUAUAUAAUCAUAAUUAUUUGCCAUCUACGACGGGAUGUGUUCAUUCAUUACCUGUAAAAGAAGUUGAUUUAGAUCCAGAAGUUGGCACUCGCAUUCAGAAAAGCACAAAAAAAUUUACUCAAAAUGCAUUUUCGAUUCCGAUCGCCUUAGCGUUGCUUAUCCUCUGGAUUGGCUUUUCAGCAGCUUUAUUUUGCCUGUAUGAGCCUGAAUGGGGCUACCUUACCUCAGUCUACUUUUUCUUCGUCUCCAUAAGCACAGUUGGCCUGGGCGAUAUUGUUCCAGGCAAUAAGGAUAUGAUGCUCGGCUAUUUCCUAUUAAUCCUCAUCGGACUUGCCUUACUGUCAAUGUGCGUCGACCUUAUUCAAGUAGCAUUAGAAAGAAUUCUCGCACAACUCCUACAGGAAUAUAUUGAUGAAAUCGAACGGGUAGCAGCUAUUGCAAAGAAUGGAACCGAUUUUGAGUCCAAAGUUUCAUCCUUCGAAGUUGGAGUAGCUAGUAAGAGUUUCGCAUGUAACAAUAACAAAAUUGUUCUGAAUCGUUAUUAUUUUAUGCUAGGUGGUUUGUUAACCGUUCCAUUGGAUAAACAAUAUAAAUCUAUGCGGAGUUUGCCAAAUCGAUUUAAAGAAUGGAUUGCGGAGCGUGUCGCAAAUAAUAUGAUCGAAUCACAGCUUGCUGAAAUGAAUUCUGAUAUCGACUCAGAAUCAGAGAUAUCUGUUCCAUUUCAGAGUCAAUCACAGGAACAACAACAAAAACCAGGAACGUGUAGAAUCAGUUCGGAAGAAGUGCGCUCGAAACCGACACUCCGAAGCGGUGACUUAAUCGAUUACCUGUGGAAGCACAGUCCAGCUAUUCGUACUGUACAAGCAUUGGAAAAAGCGAACUUUUAUACCCCAAAUGAUGAUUUUCAAUCAAUGUUGUUUAGUAAAUUUAUGAGGAGCUCGAAACUAGAACAGUUUAUGGGUCAAGUUAGUGAUCCGACACCUCAUAAACAUCAUGCUACCACGCAAACCAAUAUUUUACGACCUGCAAAUAUUGCUACCUUUGAAGAGGAUAUGCAUUUUUCUCGCGAUUCACGAGAUUCAUCGACUAUUCAAUCAGAUAUCAUCCAUCAAUCGAUUGAAUCACUUUCAAAUGCUUUUGAUGUAGACAGUAUAUUAUCUGAUGCCUUCGUUGAUAUUGAAUUUACGGAAGCGUGCGCUCCGCUUAUAGUUAGUCAUGAUUCUGCGAGUACCUGUCCAUCAAUUGCUUCCAGUCAGAUAACAUAUGCUCCAUUAAAGCUACCAGUCGAUUCAGCCUCAAAAUGGAAACCAAAAUGGCAACGAAUAUCGAGAAGUGUGAGGAGAAAAUCCUGCUGUGGGACGCCAUCGUCCCAUUCAAGUGAGGGCUCAACAACAGAUCACUGCCAUGAUCUUCCCAACUUCACCACUGCAAUCGAUUCUCUCAUUGUUUUCACGAAAGCACGUGAUGAGUUAUAG